AUGUCGUCUCCGUCAGUUUUUUCGGAGGGAGGGGCGAGUGCGCCUCAGACCGGCGUGGGCUCCUGUCCAGCAGACACCUCCUUUCUCGUCGGCGAAGACGACGACGGGUUGCCUCCUCUCACUGUCUCUGAAGUUUCCCGCCUGUUUGAAGCUCUCACGGCACUUCCCCUUGGCGAUCAAGCGAAACAAGUGCUUGCGACGAGACGGUCAGAUGAGGAACCGUCUUCGGGUCUCUGCUCCGAAUCGCUCUCGGCGUCUUCUCCGUUUCUUCGCCGCAUCCUCUGGCCGCGAUACCUUGGCCUGUUGGAGGGGGCCGAACCUUCUGCCUGGGCUGCGCAGGUGGACCUUCACAGAAAAAAAUAUUUCCAGCUGCGAGAAGAACAGAAGCUGAGCGCAAAGAGGCUGACCGCGCUUGAUCCGCAGAAGUUCCACCCUCUAGCGUCAACGGCAGAUAACCCUUGGAGUCAGAAGCAACAAAACGACAGUUUGAUGGAGGAAAUCUGGAAAGACAUCGAGCGCACCUUCGCGGACCGCACGCUCUUCUGUCGGGACUCCACGCGAAAAGCUCUCCAGCGCAUCCUCUUCACGUGGAGUCGGCAGAACCCGGACGUGUCGUAUAAACAGGGAAUGAAUGAACUUCUCGCGAUCUUUUUCCUCGUUUGCGUCAGAGAACAAGUGCCUGUGUCUUCCGACUCCGGCUCUUUCCCAGAGAAUGUGUCGCCACAUGUGCGCGUCCUUCUUUCUGCGAACGCGACCGACAUCGAAGCCGACGCGUUCUCGCUCUUCAACGCCCUCAUGAACGACUUUCUGAUGCGCGCCGCAUACAUCCCGCCCCCCGCUGCGCCCAAACCGGUCGCCUCUCCCAUGGGAAAUAUCCUGGGCAAAGGAGCCGCUGGAGCCCUGGGAGGACUUGUGGGUACGACCUCUCCGGCUCCGCAGACCCACCAGUCAGCGAUUUUGUGGCGCUGCAGCCACAUCUUCCAUUCGCUCCUGCGGAAAGCCGACAGCACGCUGUAUGAACACCUCGUCGGGGUGGAUAUACAGCCGCAGCUGUUUCUUCUUCGCUGGCUCCGACUCCUCUUCAGCCGGGAGUUCCACGUUCAAGACACGAUCUUCAUCUGGGACGCCAUCUUCGCCGACGCCUACCUGCGCAACCGAGCCUCUGCAGCUGCCUCUUCCUCGCCUUCUGUCUCGUCUUCGUCUGGAUCGGCCAUUCCAUCCAGAGAAGGCACAGAUCUCCUGAGCAGUGGCCGCGCGUCGCUUGCCUCCGGAGCUUCGCCGCCGGGCGAAGGGUCGUCUUCUGGACCUUCCUAUGUCCCUGAGAGACUGGGAGCCUCUGCGUCUUCUCGGCUUCCCCUAACCGAUUACUUUGCGCUGGCCAUGCUCGUGUUUGUUCGUGAAAACCUCUUGGCCAGCGACGAGACGCUGUGCCUCCGACGUCUGCUCAAGUUUCCCCCCAUCGAGUCCCUCCAGCCGCUCAUUCUCCUGGCCCUUUCCCUCCGCUCGCCGCAAAAGCCCAGAGUCCUUGCUGUGUCCAAGCCACCUGGCUCUUCCCCAUCGUCUUCGCGCCACGCGUCUUCUCUUCUUGAAGACGGACCGCACAAACCACCUCAUCACUCCCCCGCAUCUGCCUUUGAAGAAGGGAGAGACGUAGAUGGAACCGGCGUGAAGGGACCUCGGAACUUCCCCUCAUCGUCGCGCGCGCGGCACUCGUCGUCGACAGAGGCUCCCCACAACGUCUCUGCUUCGACGCCUGUCCCUUCUCUCAACUGCGGUCGGGCUCUGCCCCCAACCCGCGGGGACUUGUACCACGUAACGACACCCCAGGCAGCAAGUGGCGCGUCCCCCACUCAGACGGCAGGCCCCGAGAAGGCUGAGCCGCAUCACAUGCAACAGGCACAGGCGAAGCAGCGGUCGGGGUCGGGAGGUGAAGAAGGAAGCAGUACAGAACACCGGGCGCUGCCGCGCGUCGGGGUCUCAGUCGGAAACAGAGACAGCAGUGAAGCCAGCGUCGAUGGAGUGUUACUUGGACGCCACGUCGAAGACAUUGUGGCGACCCUCAAGGCGGCAGCGGUCUCAGAGGCAGCUGCGGCAGCCGAGGGAUCCCCCAGUGGGCGUUCAUCGUCGUCUUCUUCCGCUCCCUCCCCUUCGUGUGCCCGAUCCUUCUCCACCCAGGUUGCGCUGUCUUCCGCAAUCUCUCGUUUGAGUCUUCUGCAACGUAUUCUUGUCGGCGAAUUGCCGUACAGUCCGUCUUUGUUCAUGGCAGAGGAGGAGGCGUUGCUGUCCGUUUCGUCGCCCGCAAGGGCUCUUUCGGCACAGGAGAAACGCCCACAGCCUUCCCGCGCAUCUCAGCUGCCUUCAGGGGCGUCUCGCGCCUUCAGAGAUUCCUCAGACGGUUUUGUUGAUGAGGGCAGACAAAGCCGCUUUGUGGCGGCUCGCGCAGAAAGGCAGCCGAGCGAAAAGAGAAGAGACGGAGAAAUCAGGGUAAGCGAGGAACAGAGACUGCCUGAUGAACAGUUUUAUCGCGGCCGAGGUGAGUACCGAGAACCGGACGCACGCGAGUGUGAAAAGGCGCAUGGAGUUCGCGGUUUCGGCACCGGCGUAACGCGAGGGAGGAAUGGGGAUGACGAGGACGGAAACAAAGGAGGUACCUUCUUCUCUCCUUCCUCGCUGCCUGUUGUUGGAGACUCGCACCGCAAUUUUGCUCAUGCCAAUAAUAGCCAUAACGCAAGCUAUUCGCCAGACGGCGGUCUGGAGGCGGGAUCACAUGAUGGACGCGUUUCAGGCGGUAUACGAGCAACGGUCCUAUAG